AUGACUCCCUUUGAAAAAGGCCAGUCGGCCCGCGGCUGGAAAUCAUGGACAACCAAGAAGAAGCUCUUCGUCCUCGCGCUCGUCCUCCUCGUUGUGAUCGCCCUGGGAGUCGGUCUCGGUGUCGGAUUAGGCAUCGGCCUGGGCGGCGGCGGGGGAGGUGAAGAGGGCUCAGGCUCAGGCUCAGGCUCAGGCUCAGGAGGAGGCGAAGAAGGCAACUACACGACGGCCAAAUGGCAGCCGGCGGUGGGCACGACGUGGCAGAUCGAGCUGCUGUACCCGCUGAACGACACGUCGGUCAACGCAACGGUGUACGACAUCGACAUGUUCAACAACAACCAGUCCACAAUCGCGGCGCUGCAGCAGGCCGGCCGCAAGGUGAUCUGCUACUUCUCCGCGGGCAGCUACGAGAACUGGCGGCCGGACAAGGACAAGUUCCAGGCGGCGGAUCUGGGCAACGGGCUGGACGGCUGGCCGGGGGAGAAAUGGCUGAACAUCAGCUCGGCGAGCGUGCGGCAGAUCAUGCUGGACCGGCUGGAUCUCGCUCGGGACAAGGGGUGCGACGGGGUGGACCCGGACAAUGUGGACGGGUACGACAACGACAACGGGCUGGACCUGACGCAGGAGGACUCGAUCCGGUUUGUGAACUUCCUGGCGAACGCGGCGCAUGCGCGCAACAUGUCGGUCGGGCUGAAGAACGCGGGGGCCAUCAUCCCGUCGGUGAUCAAGAACAUGCAGUGGAGUGUCAACGAGCAGUGUGCGCAGUACGGCGAGUGUGACACCUACGCCGUGUUUCCGCAGAACGGCAAGCCCGUGUUUCACAUCGAGUAUCCCAAGGGGGACGAUACCAACAAUGACCUCGCCGUCACGGCGAAGCAGAAGACCGCGGCCUGUGAGUUUGCCGGGUCGGCCAACUUUUCCACCGUGAUUAAGAAUAUGGAUCUGGACAAUUGGAUUGAGACAUGUUAG